AUAACGAGGGAUUUUUUUUUUUGGAAGCGAGUACAGGUCGUACUGGAAUUAGUUCAUUGAAAACUCAGUUGCUCUCCGAGCAGUCGGGCAGAGACUGCUUUCGGCUUUCUUUUCUGCUGACUGUUAAGAUCUCUUAUCGAGAGCUGCAACAAUGCCCAAAAGAAAGGCUGCAGGUCAAGGUGAUAUGAAGCAGGAGCCUAAGAGAAGAUCAGCCAGACUGUCUGCUAUGCCUGUGCCUACUACUCCGGAGUUGAAGCCCAAAAGAACAUCAACUCCAAGGAAAAUGAAGACAAAAAGUAUGAUGGGAAAAAAGACAGAUACAAGUGCCAAAGCAAUAGCUGAAACCAAGAAAGAAGAAGUUGUUAAAGAAGAAUACAACAAUGAAAAUACUGAAAAUGGAGAAGCCAAAAUUAUAGAGGCACCAGCUCCUGAAAAAGAACUUGAGGAAAUAAAAGAACUAAAAAUUGAAGAUGUCAAAGAAGAGGGAGAAGAAAAGAAAGAAGCAGUGGCACCAGAAGGAAAAGAAGAUGAAAAAGAUCAGAAAGGAGAUGGAGAAGAGGAAAACAAGGAAGAAGAGAAAGAAGAAGAUGGGAAAGAGGACAAAGAUGGAAAAGGGAAAGAAGGUGGAACAGAGGAUGAAGAGGAACAAGAGAAAGAAGAUGGAAAAGAGGGCAAAGAUCAAAAAGAGAAAGGAGGUGAAAAAGAGGGUGAAGAUGGAAAAGGGGAAGGAGAAAAUGGCAAAGAGGAAAAAGAUGAAAAAGAGGAAGGAGAUAAAAAAGAGGAUGAAGAUGGAAAGGGGAAAGGAGAAGAUGGCAAAGAAUCUGAAGAUGGAAAAGAUAAAGGAGAAGAUGAAAAACAAGGAGAAGACAGAAAAGAGAAAGGAGAUGGAAAAGGGGAUGAAGAUGGAAAAGAAGAUGAAGAUGGAAAUGAAGAGGAAGAUGGAAAAGAGAAAGGAGAAGAUGGAAAAGAGGAGAAAGAUGGAAAAGAGGAAGAUGGAAAAGAAGAAAAUGGAAAAGGAGAUGGGAAAGAUGGAAAAGGUGGAAAGGAAGAUGAAAACAAGGCUGAUAUCGGAAAAAAAGUAGCUGAAAUAGAAGAGGUCAAAAAAGAAGAUGGAAAAAAAGAAGAGUCUCAGAGUAUUGUUUAAAGCUGCCCUAUAUAAUUUCAUAAUUUGGUAAUAUGUACCUCCAUGUUGUAAUGUUAAUAGAGAUGAAUAUUUUUAUCAAAUAUUUUAUAGACACAGCUUUUCUUUAGCUCAAUUUAAUUUCAGAACAUCUUCCUACUGAAUAUUAUCCACAAAAUUCCUAACACGAAACGUUUAUCUAUAAAUUUUGUGAUAAUAAUAGUGGAAUAUAUAGAAAAAAAUAUGCUUUCAACUUUGUCAUUGAAUUCCUUUUUGCGUAAGUUAUGUGUUAAAUCUUUUAAUGUUAAUUUUACUCCUAUAUGUGAUAAUUUCACAAAGUGGAGAGAUCCCAAAAGAAAGUUUCCUCCAACAUUCUUGUGGUUCUCUAGGUUGCUUUUAUAAAGAAAGUGAACUAUUUUCAUGUAAUGCUAAGAGUUAGAAUUAUCUUUUCCAAAAAGAACUUUAUUAUUAGCUUGGGAAAAAAAUUGUAAUUCCAUUUCUAAAAGAAAGAGAAAUGUUUAUUUCAGAAGGGCAGUUCUGAUUGUAUGUGUAUCUACAAAAUUUUUCUGAAUUUAUCUUAAUAAAAAUUAUCUUCAAAGAU